AUGAUGAAUGAAUCAACGACUAGUGUUGGGAAGAAGAGGCCUCGUGGAUCAAAAGAAGAGCAAUGGCUUUGCUCAUCAUCUUCAGAACCAAUGAAUCAGCCAAAGCAGAGACAUAUUGCUAUUGACGAGGACCAAAAGGCUCUACAUUCGAUAUUAAAUUUUCAAAUGAAGUUCCAAAGUGGUUCAAGAGGUGUGGUGAAUAGAUGGCCUGCCUACUCUUGA